AUGGUUCGUGUUACAAAGAAUUUAAUAUUACGUAUUAUUGCGAUCGCCGUGGGAUGUAUUGGUAUGGCUAUUGCUGGAUCGAUCUUCAUCUUCAACGCCUAUUCUAAUGCUAUUAAGAAGAAAUUUGAUUAUACCCAGUCACAAGUUGAAAUGAUGGCAGCAAUGGGUAAUUUUGGAAUAUCUAUAGGAUUCCCAGCAGGUUUUAUGUGUGAGAAAUUGGGUGCAAGAUGGACGUCGUUUACAGCCAUGCUAUUAACAACGCUAGGUUUUGUCAUGUUGUAUACGACUUACAGUAACGUUGACUUCUAUCACGACCACCCUUAUCUACAAGAUAUCUACUUCUUCCUUGCUGGAUUUGGCGCCAUCUUUACCUACAUGUCGUGUCUCACGACAAGUAUGAAUAAUGUUCACUCGAAACAUAGAGGUAAAAUUGUUGGACUUCUAGACUCGUCAUUCAGUGCAGGUCCUGCUUUGGUCGCUCUCUUAUACGGUGUGUGUUUCAAGAACGGCCACGAAACAGACGAAGAAAAUCAAGAUCUUUCAGGAUUCUAUCUGACGUCUGCUAUUGCCUUCGGUGUAAUCAAUCUUCUAGGGGUUGUAUUUUUAGCCCAGUACCCGGAUGACGAGAUACAAGUUUUAGAACCCAUAAAUGCAUCCGAGAGCCAGAAAGAGAUCGUCGCAGAUAGUGACCCCCAGAUAGAGGAGGAAAAGAGUAUUCGUGGGCUAAAACUUUUAAAACUUUUUGAUUUCCACUUCCUGCUCUGGCCGUAUAUAAUGUGCGCUAGUCUACAGUUGAUGUAUAUAAAUAACAUUACAACGUAUUUAAAAUCUUUUCAGCACGAGAACAAAAGUACAUUAUUCACGGUAUUAAAUCCAAUAUCAGCGACAUUUUCUAAAUUGAUAAUUGGUUUCGUGUCUGAUAUGAUAAUAGAGAAAGUACCUAGAGCUGGGGUGAUUCUGUGCACCACGACUCUUCAGACUGUCGUGCUGGCUGUGUGUGUUUUCUACGGUGACUACUAUCCCAUCAUUCUGUUGGCUCUGUUCGGGGUCGGCAUCCCUAAUGGCGCUACCUGGUGUUUAACUCCGACCAUGACCAGCGAGUUUUUUGGAAUGAAAUAUUUUGGGAUGAACUGGGGUUUCAUGAUGGUCGGUACCGCUUUUGGUGGCUUGAUUAUCCAGAAGAUAUUUGGAGCUCUCUAUGAGUUGAGUAUUGGCGAUCCAAGCGUUCAUGAUUGUUACGGUCUACGAUGUUUUAAGUGGAGUUACGCCAUAGCCGCCGUGUUGAGUCUCUGUUCCUCUAUAUUGUAUCUGGGUUUGUUAGAGCGAAGAAUUUAA